CCAGAUGCUACAGUUCUGAGCAAUUUUUCUCGAAACCUAGACCCGCGAGAAGGAAAACACGCGCGGAAAUGCGGACUGCUUUGCUUCUGAAUGGUUAGCGCAGCAGCAAGGCAGCAACCCAUCAGCCGUUCCAAGCCGCACAUCGUUUUCAGGCGGCGUCACGCGCUCACGCCUGUCCCCCCUCUCCCUCCUCGCUGUUCUCCCGGCGAGCUCCUCCACCACGCGUGCACCAACCAACCACCAGUUGGACCCAGGCCAAGCUACCGUGACGCUCGAUCGGCUUCGGCUCUUAGUUUGCGGAGGCGUGGAGGCGGACCGCCCCGGCCCCGUACCGUGAGGCUGGAGGAGUCAUGGAAGUGCCGCCUCUGCCAACGGCGGCGGCGGAAGAGGAGCGCCGGAGCGUAGCGACGGGGCCGUGCCUCCCCAGGCUGCUCUCCGGCGUCCUCUCGGGGGCCCUCACCGGCAUCUUCGCCGUCGCUGGAGGCCUGACGGGGGCGUUCACCGGCGCAUUGGCCGGCCGAGCUUCCGACAGUGGCGUCCUCCGGGGAGCCGGGCUGGGGGCCUUUGCGGGGGCGGUGCUCUCCAUCGAGGUUCUCGAGGCUUCGCGCGCCUACUGGAGGGCGGACCGAUCGAGCCCGCAGAGCACAUCCUCCAUGGGGGACUUCAUAGAACAACUCCUUCAUGCUCGAUUUGUGCAAGAGCAGUAUGAGCCAUCAGCAUAUAUGGCAUAUCGUUGGCAGGUUGGAAUUGCGGACAAUGAUGAUCUGUUCGAUGUCCUUGAAGAUGUUUUAUCUGAAGGGCUAUCACAAGAUACUCUAAAGAAGUUGCCACGUCAUGUGGUGACUGAACAGAAGCAGGAAUCGAUUGGUGAAAACGUGUCUUGCGCUAUUUGCCUGCAGGAUGUUGUUAGCGGAGAGACAGUGAGGAAGUUGCCAAAGUGCUCUCACACCUUCCAUCAGCCUUGUGUGGACAGAUGGUUCAUUGACCAUGGUUCAUGCCCAGUAUGUAGGCAGGAUGUGUAGGUUAGAUCAUGUUGGAUUCUGGGUUAUCAUCAUGCGGUCAUGCCUUUGCAAAGUUGCUACCAUAGAAAGAAAGAUACAUAGCAUGUAAAUUAAAGUCCUGCAUUUGUCCCUAUUGUGAGCAAAGGUUUACUCAUAAGUGAUUGAGUUUCAUGUAUUCUCAUUUUAUUUGAGCAUAUAUAAUAAUGAUUAUGAGCCUAUUUGGAUCGGCUAAAGCCAA